AUGCAGUACAUCAGCAAACAAAGGAAUGACUCCGUUGAAAUUCACUGUGCCGCACGGGAAAGCGGUGGACCGCCUUACGGUUUCUCCCUUAAACGCAAUUUUAGCAAUCAGCAAGUACUGUACCUCCACAGUGGCGACAAUCCAACUUUCACAAACCCGGCUGACAAAGAGCGCAUUCGUGUCCAUGGUGAACUUGACAGAAACAUGGUGAAUGUAACGAUCUCUCAGCUCCAGAGUGGGGACACUGGUAUCUACAACUGCGAGUUCUUCUUUGACGCCAAGCCGAGAGACCGCAGCGUCCAGGGUCAAACAGCAUUCUUUCUGUUUGUUGCAGACGACUCCAAUGAGUCGUGCAGCUGUUCCAGUCAUGAGAGUCUGCUAUACGCCAUGUCCGCUGCGGCUUGUCUUCUCCUUCUCCUGCUGGUCCUUUUGGCACGAGCCCAUUUUGGUAGGGCAGCCAACCGACAAAAACCACAGCCCAUGGUUCCGAUUUAUGAGGAGAUGGCUGGGGUGCGACCAUCAAACAGAAAAGUCACCUCACAUCUGGAGGAAAUAGACACCUCUGUGUAUGUGGGACCCCGAAAAGAAAACCACUAUGUCAACCCCAGCACUGCUCCACCCAGUCAGAAAUCUUCACCUGAAGUCAACAGGUCGGGCGUUCACGACCGCGAUGUCACCUUCGAAGGAAGCCAUCAUGCGCUGGUGGUUUCAUCCUGA